CACAACUGUGCACACAAACACACAGCUCUUGGUAUCCCCUCUCAUAAAUGCAGAAAUCUAGUCAUCAUACACAGGAGUGUGAAGAGAGAAAUGGCCUCUGACAGGGUCCAUGCUGCUUUACCUGACCCUCCCAGUCAGAAUGAAGAGGACAACAGAGAAGAGGAGAAAGUGUUUGGAAAUAUUUUUGCAGAGUUAGAAUCUGUGGACUUGCCCCUAGGAACCACCUUAAGGUCUAUUUACGAUGACCAGCCCAAUGCCCACAAGCGCUUCAUGGAAAAGCUGGAUGCCAGGAUAAGGAACCAUGACCGAGAAAUUGAGAAAAUGUGCAAUUUCCACCACCAAGGCUUUGUGGACGCCAUCACAGAGCUGCUCAAAGUCCGCACUGAUGCAGAGAAACUGAUGGGUCAAGUGACAGACACUAAUCGAAGACUACAAGAAGCUGGGAGGGAGGUGACAGCUCAGACACAGGAGGUGAUCUGCUGUCGGAUCCAGCAGAGGAACAUGGCCACGACUGUUGAGAAGCUCCAGCUCUGUAUACCAGUGCUAGAAAUGUAUAGCAAACUGAAGGAGCAGCUGGAAACCAAAAGAUACUAUGCUGCGUUGAAAACCAUGGAGCAGCUGGAGAAGGUCUUCAUCCCCAGAGUCAGCCAGUACAGGUUCUGUCAAAUCAUGGCUGAAAACCUCCCCAGACUGAGAGAGGAGAUCAAGGAGAUCUCAAUGUCAGACCUCAAGGACUUCCUGGAGAGCAUCCGAAAACACUCAGACAAGGUUGGAGAAACUGCCAUGAGACAGGCACAGCACCACAGGACCUUUAACAGAGUAGUAACAAAGCAGGCCAGUAUGGGUCACUACACCAAGCCUGUGUACUCCUUUAAUGGACGAACACACACUCACAAUGGCCUGAUGAUGGAUGACGACACAGGAGAUGAGGAUGAAGCAGAUGAAGAGGUUCUUACAGCUCAGGACCUUGUGGACUUCUCACCUGUUUACAGAUGUUUACAUAUAUACACUGUGCUGGGUGAUCGAGAAACAUUUGAAAACUACUACAGGAAACAGAGGAAAAAACAGGCCAGGCUAGUGCUGCAGCCACAUGCUAACAUGCAUGAGACAGUGGAAGGCUACAGAAGAUACUUCAAUCAGAUUGUUGGGUUCUUUGUUGUGGAGGAUCAUAUCCUCCAUGCCACACAUGGGCUGGUGACUAGAGCUUUCACUGAUGAACUGUGGAACAUGGCCCUGUCUAAGAUCAUCGCUGUGCUCCGCACACACUCUUCUUACUGUGAGGACCCAGACCUGGUCCUGGAGCUGAAGAACCUCAUAGUAAUCUUCGCUGACACACUACAGGAUUAUGGUUUCCCGGUGAACCGCCUGUUCGACCUGCUUUUCGAGGUCAGAGACCAGUACAAUGAAACUUUGCUGAAGAAGUGGGCGCUGGUUUUCAGGGAGAUCUUUGAGUCGGAUAACUACAGUCCCAUCCCAGUGGAGACAGAGGAUGAGUAUAAAGUGGUUGUCAGUCGCUUUCCCUUCCAUGAUGCAGAGAUAGAGAAGCAGGACUUUCCGAAGAAGCUGCCAAUGUCCCAGUCUGUCCCUGUGAUCUACACACAGGUCAAAGAGUUCAUUUAUGCCAGCCUCAAGUUCUCGGAGUCACUACACCGCAGUUCAACAGAGAUUGAUGACAUGCUGCGGAAAUCCACCAACCUGCUGCUGACAAGAACACUCAGCAGCUGUCUGCAAAACCUCAUCAAGAAACCUCACAUAGGACUAACUGAGCUGGUGCAGAUCAUCAUAAAUACCACCCACCUGGAGCAGGCCUGCAGGUAUUUGGAGGAGUUUAUAACAAACAUCACCAAUGUCUCCCCUGAAACGGUACACACCACAAGACUCUAUGGCUUAUCCACAUUUAAGGACGCUCGUCAUGCUGCAGAGGGAGAGAUCUAUACCAAACUCAACCAGAAAAUUGAUGAGUUUAUCCAGCUUGCAGACUAUGAAUGGGGCAUGAGUGAGUCAGAUGGUCGUGCAUCUGGAUACCUCAUGGAUCUGAUCAACUUCCUGCGGUCCACCUUCCAAGUCUUCACACACCUUCCAAAUAACAACAAUGACCAUGCAUCGAUGUCGGGUAAAGUGGCCCAGACAGCUUGUAUGUCAGCCUGUAAGCAUCUGUCCACAUCCCUGAUGCAAAUGCUGCUGGACACGGAACUCAGACAGAUCAGUAUGGGAGCCGUUCAGCAAUUCAACCUAGAUGUCAUUCAGUGUGAAUUGUUUGCCAGCUCUGAGCCCGUCCCUGGUUUCCAAGGAGACACACUCCAGCUGGCCUUCAUCGACCUACGACAGCUCUUGGACCUGUUCAUGGUGUGGGACUGGUCAACAUAUCUGGCAGAUUACGGCCAGCCAACCUCCAAAUACCUGAGAGUGAAUCCAGCCACUGCCCUGGCUCUACUUGAGAAGAUGAAGGACACCAGUAAGAAGAACAACAUUUUCUCUCAGUUCAGGAAGAACGACAGAGAUAAACAGAAGCUGAUAGAGACUGUGGUUAAACAGCUGAGGAGCCUGGUCAACGGAAUGUCCUCAUGAACACACACACAGAUAUUGCUGGCACAGAGAGGGGAUGAAGCAUGCAUGCAAACACACACAGACACACACAACAGGAAGAUUCGGAGGCCUGGCAUACAAACUCACACACAUAAUGGCACAGCAAUACACACUGUACAAGGCAUGCAGGGAAAUUAAGCAGACACAGGAUCUGUAUGAAGUCAAGUCCUCCCUGUACUGUUUAACUAGAUUGAAUAUCCAAUGUAAAUAACACAAACACACUUAACAGUUUUAUUGGACUGAACAGUAAAAAUGUUUGUAGUAUUUUCAUGAUGAUGAUAAGACGAGCUAUGUUUGUACAUUUGUGAGAGUGCUAUGAUUGUAGCUGCGGAGGGAGACUGGUACAGCACAGGAAGUGACACUCCUAAGUACUGGCACAAUGAGGUUAAAGGUCAAUAACACUUUCUGCCCCUCACAUAAAUGGGACGAACCAUUUCCUGUAGAUACAUUUAUUAACACCUGUGCUAUGUAAAAAAUAACAGUACCUCUAUUCUAGAUGGAUGGUGUCAUCAACAAUGUGUUCAAUGGAACACAUUGUUUAGCUUUUUUAUUUGGAAGAAAUCAUUGUUAAUCUAGAAUGAUGGACUUUACAGAUGACUGUAAUCAGAUGAGUGUAAUCUAGAUUCCCUCAUCUGAAAUAUUUAAUUUAUGGUCUGGAGAAAAUUCAGAUGCUUAAAGACCUGUAUAGAUUUUGAGUGUAACGAUAAAAAUGUUUAUUUUUCAUUUCAACAACACCUCGCAAUCGUCUUGCUUGAUGUUAAGACUUAUCGGCCCCUCUCUGAUGAAUUCUUACCCUAACACCUCUCUCUGUAAACGCACAGACUAAUUGACAUGGAUCAUUUUAUUCUGAAUAGUCAGAUAAACUCCCAGCACAAUCAUCAUCAUUAAGAAAUGUGACCACAUGUGCUGCAGAUUCUGCUGAAAAAUCUCACUGCUUCCACAUGGUUUUCACCUACUGUCUAUGCCCCCAGAAUGAUGGGACUGUAGCCUUAGAUGGCUCUGACCAAGUUAAGCUCAUUGUCCCAAUACCUGAACUCUUGUACAUGCGUGUGUGUGCGGCCGUGUGAGUGUGUGACAUGCUGAGGUCUUGGGUUGGUGGAAGAAUAGAGGAGUGGAUGAUGACGUCUUGAAAGACUGAUGUUCAUGAAAAGAGUGGAGUGUUGUCUUUUCUCAUUUGUAGCUUUGUUUCCUGUCUCAUUUUCUUCUUCCUCAUGUUGUACAUUAAAACUUUGCAGACAGACCCUCACAGUGACUCAACAUGGACAAGAUUGUGAGUCGUUGACUCCCAGAUUGAAGUCUGGGACGUCACAUGUUUUCUGAUUGGAAGAAUGUCAUAAAUAGAGGUGUUUAAUGAUUUGGCCCAAUAUGCGUGUAGAAGUUGGAUCACAUAACAUAACAUAACACCUGAACCAACUAAUGCAAUUCAUGCAGACAUAGGUCAGAACAUUGCAAAAUGUGAUGUCAUCACAUGAGAAGUAUGCCUCUGUCACAGCAAGCUGACACCUGGUAUGAAAAUGCAGUCUGUAUAUGGCUGCACAGCUUGCUCCAGCCGCUGUUAUUAUUCAGUAUAAUCUGUUGUGUAGUUUAUCUGACAGCAGCGCCAGAGAGGUUGUAUUUUCAACCUUGUCUGAUUGAUUGUACGCGAAGACUACAGGACAGAUUACCACAAAACUUGUUUGAAUGAUGUGUUAUGAGUCAGGGAAGAACCCAUUCAAUUUUGUUGCAGAUUUGGAUCAGGGGGUUGAUCCAGGAUUUUUUUUUACUUUCUAUAACUUGGCGAGAUAGGGCGAUUUUAACAUGUUCACCUUCUUCCCAGAGAAUAAUUCAUGGAUCUUGAUGGAAAAAAAUUAUAUUUCUAUGACUGUGCAAUUUGGUGCAGCUUGACUGAGUUUAAGGGAACUGUUGGCCUUUGGUGGAAGUAUGCGAUUCUAGUUAACCUAUGUUUUCAUUCAUUUCAUUAGACAGUUGUGUCACAAUAUGUUUCCAGUAUGCAUUUCAUUUGAGAAAGAGAGAGGGUUCACAGUAUCCCUUCAGGAGACUGGAGCAACCACAUGACAGUCUUAUUAGCCAAGCCAGGAAUACUGCUAACAAGCGUCUUUACUGGCUAUGAUUACAUUUCUUUUGCUCAAACUUAAGUCACAGGCCUGUAAUCAGAUGUUGUAUUUCAGAUGACAUGUUAGUACUGGGUGGUAAAUUUCGGUGUUCACAGACCAGCUGGCAAGUCAAACACAUCCUUGUCUAAUCUGACGACCUUUAGCUGUACUCAGUGAUUGCAGCUAGAGCUUUGUUGGGUGACUCCAUAGUUGUGAGGGAGGUUUCCUGUGGCAUGCCCUCUUCCUCCCUCUGUAAAUCCUUCAGUUGUACAGUGAAGGAGAUUAUUUAUGAGAAGUUAACAGCUGUCCACCCAAAUGAUUUGAUUCACACUUGUAUUAAUUAACCUAUAUAUUUAACAGAUUCACGUUCUAAAUUCUUUCUUUUUGUUCCUCAGGGUGAAAAUAAGCUUUAGAAUAAAAUAACCCACAGACAUCCACAAAGCACAGCAAUAAUAAUUGGUUCCUUUACAGCCUCGAAGGCACGUCGAGUAAUUAAUUAAACUUGCACAGGACUCCUGAUAAAACCAUUUGUAAUGAGACUGUUUCUAUUCUGUUUAUGUUUUGGGUCUGUGCUCUACUUUUAGCUUUUUUGCACUGAAGCUGAUGAUUCUUUUUAUUUUUAUUUUGCCUUUUUAAUAGUUGCUUGUAAAUGCCACUGUAUAUACUGCAUAUUUUGUAAAGAAACUAUUACAUCAGGUUGUCUGCAACAAACUGAACUGGAGGUUGACACUGUGAUAUGCCCCUCCAUCUACACCUACAGUAAAUAUGUAAUUAAUACAAUUCUGAAUUUGCUUUGUUUGCUUACCUGGUGAACACAGUUGAGUGCAGUAUGAGGAGCUCAGUGACUCAUGUUGGUACCUUCUCUCCAUUCAACACAGGCAGACAUCCAAACUAUAGUGUGGUCACAGAUCAGUUUUUGUGGCAGUGAUUCUGUGCAAACGCAUCCUCUCUGGUUCUCCUUGUUGGAGGCCUGUGCCAUUCAGUUCUCCAUCUCCUGCAGGUAUUCAUACCAUUUACCAUAAAUUAUCUUAUAAUAGCCAAUACUCGAAUUACAGUCAAGUCUGAAAUCUAAGCAGGACGAGUCUAAACAAAUACAAGCUCGCUAAAGAUCGUUGAGGAUAUGUGUAAUACCUUUACUCUGAAUUUCCACAACCAGAGACAUUGUUGUAAAAAAUGAUCGAAUACUGAAACUGUGUAGGUUCACAACUCUGUACCUGAGGGAAAUAGUUAACAAAUAAAUCUAUGUUGAUUUAUAUAAUAUAUAAUGUGUCACAUAAUCUCCUGCUGACUUGAUCAGACCCUUUACUAGUACAAAUAUACUAGUAUAAUGGCACAAAUCAAGUUUUUACAUUAUGUAUGUUAGUGAUUCUUUGAAUUCAGAUAAAAGGUGGGACAGUUGUUCUUGCCUUAACACAGAUGGAGAGUGGGUGUAGAGAGGGUACAUGUUAACAGCUUUACCUUUGUUGUUCUCAGUGAGACACCCUGACUGAGAUGUUGUUUUCCUACGUUUGUCGUUUUUAUUUUUGUGUGAUGUAAUAAAAACAUGUAAAACAGGAA